GCAUGUAGAAUAAGAUCCACAUCCCACAAGCUCACAUUCCCUCCGUUAUUAGGCUAUUACUGCGGUUAAGCGAUCAGGGCAGAAAAGCUCAACCCUUAAAACAUUCAGCAUUGUAGGCAGAAUUGUUUUUUCUUUGAAAAAACGACUUGCAAAGGUCAGCUCUGUGGAUACUGUUAUUUAUUACUGCAGUUAACCAUACGGAACUAAAGUUUUAUUAUUGUUUUAUUGUUAUUUUCUAUAAUCGUGGAUCAUAUACCUGUAAAAGAGGAUGGGACUGUUAUACGUAUUCAUCGCCCUUUUCGUAAGCGCGUCUGUCCCACAGCAAGGAAAAGGGGAAGACUGCCAAACAGAUGCAAGUGAGACCAAGGGCCCCUGCUUCAUGUCGGUAGCUGAUGAAGCUUUUGUAUCAGCUGAUGGUGAGGAUCCUGGUGAAGCAGGCCCUUGCCAGCCAAACCCAUGUCAUAAUGGAGGAGUGUGUGUAAUUAGCGAGACCUACAGAGGUGACACCUUCAUUGGAUAUGUCUGCACGUGUCCGCCAGGCUUCAAUGGGAUUCACUGCCAGCACAAUGUGAAUGAAUGUGAAAGAAACCCUUGUAAAAAUAGAGGAAUCUGCACAGAUCUGGUUGCAAACUACUCAUGUGAAUGUCCUGGGGAAUACAUGGGAAAAAACUGCCAGUAUAAAUGCUCUGGACCUCUUGGGAUGGAAGGGGGAAUCAUUUCCAAUCAGCAGAUCACAGCGUCUUCUACUCAUCGUGCAUUGUUUGGGCUGCAGAAAUGGUACCCAUAUUUUGCUCGGCUAAAUAAGAAAGGGCUUGUGAACGCCUGGACCGCCGCUGAGAGUGACAGAUGGCCAUGGAUUCAGAUAAACCUACAGAGAAGAAUGAGGGUUACAGGACUGAUAACACAAGGUGCCAAGCGCAUAGGUAGCCCAGAAUAUGUAAAGUCCUACAAAGUGGCUUCCAGCGAUGAUGGGAAGACAUGGACGACCUAUAAAGAUGAGAACACAGAUGAGGACAUGAUUUUCCAUGGAAACACUGAUAACAACACACCCUUUGCCAACUCCUUCACACCUCCAAUUCAAGCACAGUAUGUGCGGAUUUACCCACAAGUCUGCAGGAGGCACUGCACACUCCGUUUGGAGCUCCUAGGGUGUGAACUAACAGGGUGCUCGGAGCCAAUGGGAAUGAAAUCUGGUCACAUCCAAGAUUAUCAAAUUUCAGCAUCCAGUAUAUUUCGAACUCUUAACUUGGAUAUGUUCACAUGGGAGCCGGGGAAGGCCAGGCUAGACAAGCAGGGCAAAGUUAAUGCAUGGACAUCGGGUCACAGUGACCAGUCUCAGUGGCUGCAGGUUGACAUGCUCUGCCCAACGAAAAUUACUGGAAUCAUCACACAAGGAGCAAAAGAUUUUGGGCAUGUACAAUUUGUGGGAUCCUACAAAGUGGCCUUCAGUGAUGAUGGCAAAAGAUGGAGUAUAUAUCAAGAUCAAAAACAAAAGAAGGACAAGGUGUUCCAAGGAAAUUUUGACAAUGACACACACAGAAAGAACGUGAUAGAUCCACCCCUUUAUGCCAGGUUCGUACGGAUCCUACCAUGGUCAUGGUACGGCCGGAUCACUUUGCGAGUGGAGUUCCUAGGAUGCACAGAAGAAGACUGAAUAUCUUUCUUUUCCCAGGUGUACUGAAAUAUUGUGUCUCACUAAAUAUUUCCACAUGAACUCUGUUGAACAUGUACAAAAAAUAUUUUCCAAGAAUAAGUAUUUUGUCAUGGUAGACCAAAGUUUACUUUGUGCAAUGGUUUGAAACUCUUCUUGUCAUGUCAGUUUUCUUCCAUAUUAUUAUUAUUAUAAUUAUUAUUUUUCUCUGCAUGGAAACUUUUUGUUUGAUAUACUAGAGAGCGUGAGAGUACUGUACAGUACAUGAUCACAUCGUUGAUGAGACCUACCAGUGUCAUGUAUGAAAUGAUAUAUGACUAUAUGAAAAUUGUAUGAAUUUGUUACGUUCCGUGCAUGGGCGGAGAUUGAGGAUUGAGGAGCCAGAAAUCCAAACAGGCAGAUUUAUUAAGGGGGGGAUGAACAGGAUUGACGAAACCAGCAACAAACAUCAAUGACGGAUCUGGGCAACAGAGGAAGACGUGGACUGAUAUGCACAAGACAAGCCAGAAUCACAGGAAACAGCCGGACACAAUCAGGGAAGCUCAUGUGGAUGAUCAAGGGGGCGUGGCACACACGAGGACUGGACGCACAGGUCAUGACAGAAUUAAUGCAUAUGGUCAGAAUUCAGCUGAAUUCGGUUACUGACAAAAAUUGCAUAAAAUAUGAUAUUGGCCUUUUAAUUUUAGUGAGAUGACUAUUAUUUUGUUUACAUGGUUGUAAAAAAGUAAUAAUUCCAUACCCUGUACAUGAAAUUGUGUAAAUUAUAAUGUAUAUUCAAUUUAAAAGUAUGACAAUGAAAUACACAGCCUCAAGAUUCAUCUGUGUCUACUUUAACAUUUAUGUACAAUGUACAUUCUGUGAAGAUUUCAAAUUAAAUGCACUUGUCAUUGAAAAGGUGACGCUGCCAUAUAUUGAAUGAUUAUAUAUCGAAUCUUUCUUUGAGUUAAUUACUUAUUACAGAUAUUUUUGUAGCUUAUUUGUAAUUUUGUAUUUUGUUGGUUUUUUUGUCAUCUUGUCCUUGUUUUCUUUGGUCUUUUAAUUGCUGUAUUUAUAUUAUUUUACCUUCUCUGCAUAUUGAAUUGCUCAGGAUAUAAGUCACCUGUCUGAUUUAUUGCCUUUCUUUUUUUCAGAAACUUGUGUUAAAGGUCUUAAAGAGUAAUUUAGUUCAGAAAAGACCUUCUAUAUUAUGCAAGCACCAAUAUGCAGACAACAUCAACAUGGAUACAUAUGGGAAGCUAAUAUUCAUUGAAAUGAAAAAGCUUAUUUAGUUUCCAAACUCUUGAGCAGUGUAUAUUGUGUAGGGAUCGGGAGCGUGACCACAUUUGUCCCAGGAAGGAGAAUGCUCCAUGGUGUGUUUCAGUUGUUCGUUUCAAUUACUUUGCCCCAAGCACCUUGAACAUCAUUGCUGAUAGCAGUUCCAAGACCUGUAAUCUUCUGUUGUUCUUUGAUUUCUUUUUUUUAUCACAGUAUCAUGCUAAACCAUUCUUGUCCUAUCUAUGUGUUUUUGUACAUACAGGUAUUGUUUUAAAAAAAGAAAUGCAUUUUCAAAAUAUAAACACAUAGACACAUAUUUGUCUGUAUUUGUCUGAGAUGAUGUAAAAAGAACACUAACAGUUGUCGCUGUAUCAGUGUAUAUCACUAUAUGAGUGUUACUUCUGCAAGUCUGUCAUGAAAAUAAUUUGUUAAAAAGUAUGAUACCCUUGAUAAAAUUCAAUUGUAUAUGGAA